AUGGGUUCCUCAAGAUCAAUGCUUUUCUUCAUUAAUCUUGCUAUUAUUAUCUUAAACCUUGUUGCUCCCACCAUUGCCCAAGAUGAUGGUAUGUGCACAGAAAAAGCUGAGUACUGCUGGAAAUGCUCUAAUACUGGCACCUACACAGCAGGUGACAAGUACCAAGAGAACCUCAGCAGCCUCCUCUCUUCCUUCUCCUCCAACACCCAAAACAAUUCCGGGUUUUACAAUUCAUCCAGGGGACAAGACUCCAACAAGGUCAAUGCAAUUGCAUUAUGCAGAGGAGAUCUUUCACAGGACUCUUGUCAGGCUUGUCUCAACAAGUCUACUGAUAUUCUCUUGCAAAAUUGUUCAACUCAAAAGGAAGCAAUCAUAUGGGCAGAGCCUUGUAUGGUGAGAUACUAA